GCACUGGGCGGCCGUCCUGGAAGUGGAUUGGGCCGCGGGGGUUACAACGUCAUCCGGGAGGCGUGGCCAGCACUAAUAAAGGCGGGCGCGGGCGCGGCAGCUGCAGUAAGUGCCACCGCAGCUAGAGUUCGGGUGGUCAGCUGUGGGCGGAGCUCGGCAGUUCCGUCCACUUCAGCCGCAGCGUCGCCCAGCCGGUGUCUCGCCGCAGCCUCCAGAGAGGAGACAGACCCUCACUCCCUCUGUCAGAAAAAUGUCUGCUCCAGCUCAGCCACCUGCUGAAGUGACAGAAGGGACUGCCCCUGGUGGGGGUCCCCCUGGCCCUCCUCCUAACACGACCAGUAACAGACGACUACAGCAAACCCAGGCACAAGUGGAGGAGGUGGUGGACAUCAUACGUGUGAAUGUGGACAAGGUCCUGGAGAGGGACCAGAAGCUGUCAGAGCUGGAUGACCGAGCUGAUGCCUUGCAGGCGGGAGCGUCACAAUUUGAGAGCAGUGCUGCCAAACUAAAGCGGAAGUAUUGGUGGAAAAACUGCAAGAUGAUGAUCAUGCUGGGAGCUAUCUGUGCCAUCAUCGUGGUAGUUAUUGUAAGAAGAGGCCGAGGCCACACUGGGCUGGGGCUGGACGCCCACUCUCCAUGCAGCAGCAUUUCACUGUGCAAACCCAUCCUUCCUUUCCCUUCACCCCUGUUGCCCGCAUCCCCUUCGUCCUGCCUCAGGGCAGGACUGAAGAGCUGGAAGAAAGCAGUCAGUGUACCCUCCCAACCGUCCCCCUCGAAGGCCUCCACUCUCCUCUGGGCUCCUUUUUGCCUAAUGCAGGGGGUCACCGCUGGAGAAGAACCACCACUGUCCUCGAUGUGUCCCAAGCCUGGAGCAAAUCCACUCUCUUGGCCCACCCAGCCCUAUCACGGGAAUUACUUCCUGGGUUUCUGUCCCUCUGAGGCUCACCAAAUAUAGUCGGCUUUGUCCUUUUGGGGGUGUUAGCCCUUCUAGUUUCUUUCUCACCCCACCCUGUGUCCUCUUCUGUGUCCUUGCUACCCUCCCUCUCCUCCCACUACCCUGUGCAUGAGCAAAUAUGCAACUAGCCCCGGGACUUUGCUGUCAAAUGAAGCUGAGCUUCCCACAUCCCCUCCUUCAGUUCGCCAUGAGAUGAUGUGGGGUUUCCACUGUGUGUCUCUCAUCACCUCUGUCUGUUUUUCCUAACCCCAAUCUCAUACUUGUAUUGAGUAAUAACGGUUGUACUUCCACCAAAGGCAUGUGGCAUAUUUACCAAUUUCAUGUAUUCCGAACAAAGGCAACAAAUACAAAUUCCUACC